AAGAGAGAGAAAUGGAAGAGGGUUCCGGGAGUUGGCGCAGAUGACGACAGAAAAUGGAGGGGCCCGCCUGGUGGUCCCUUUUUCUGCUGGUCCCUCUUUCCUCUGCUGCGGCAGCUUCUGGGCUGGUCUCUGGCAGGGGUUGUUCUCGUGCCUCGCCCUCGGAUUGGCUGGGGUGGGGAUGGAAGGUGGUUGACCUUGUGCUUGGGGGGAGCAGUGGACAAGCAGGAGACUAAGUGGCGGCUGCAGGUGAGCUGGCCUAGUGGGCAGUGAUGACCACAAAACUGAGACUCGACACCUAAUCAGAACCCUCCCCUCUCGAUGCGCGUGGCUACAAACCGCCCUCGCGUCGAUGUUCGAGAGUUGUGGACGAAUUGUUCGAGGCCUUGUUCGAGUUCCAGAACGUAGAGAAAAAGAGGGUCUGAAAAAUCCUCUUGCUCUUCUUCUUAUUCCCGCUUCUUCUCCUCGUCCUCAAUACAGAAGGGAAGCGUGCAAAGCCACGGGGGCUCGAAAGAGGAGUGGAAGUGGUGGGGUCGUCCUCCUUCGGAACUAUUCCUGUUGUCUGACGAGGUAUAUUUAUAUGGGAAUGCAGGUCGCUCAGCAGGCCGCCAGGCACAAAAUUGCCGGAAGGUCUGUCUGUGAAUAGGAACACACCUAAUCGUAUAUUCUCUCCUGGGCUAGGGAUGCUAUUGUCG